UCGGAGAGCACGUAAUAAAAGUUGUUUUUGACUAGGUGUUGAUGUUUUUCGCGCAAUUUUCGUAAACAAUCGUAAAAAUUUAAAGUACAUUUUAUGGUUUUAAAUACUCUGUGUGUUUGGUGAAGUGUCUAGUUUAUAGUGGAAUAGCUGUAGAAGUUGUGCUUUAGAAGUGUUUGAGGCUCAGAAGUUAAAAUGUUAUUCUCGAGGUGAGAACGAAACCGCGACUAUGGCAGAAGAAAAGAAAAAAGAUGGCACAGCGUUGUUGGCGAAAAAGAAAAAAGUGAAGCCUCGUAAGUCUCGCGACGCGGACUGUUGCAGCGUGAAUUUCCUGAAAUGCGUUCUUCAUAUAUUCAACGUGGUGUUUCUGUUUGCAGGAGCCGGUGUACUAGGCGUCGGCGUGUGGAACGUCACAUACCGGCAUCAUUACGUGUCGUUGCUGCCGACGAUCACGUAUCCGGCAAUUGGAUAUUUGCUGGUCAUAGCGGGGUCAUUCGGCCUGCCGUUUGCAGCGCUCGGUUGCUGCGGGCUGAAGACCGAGAACCGAACGAGCCUGCUCUGUUACACAUAUUUCCUGCUGAUUACGUUCAUACUAGAAGCCGGUGCUGGCGGCCUAGCGUACUAUUACGAAGAGGCUAUAGAAGAAGAACUUCGCGCCGGCUUGAAUAGCACGUUCACUACGAACUACGCGCUCGAUACAGCUGUCACUGACGCUGUUGACAGUAUGCAGACCGAGUUCAAAUGCUGCGGCGCAAUACGAUACGAAGACUGGAGGAAGAGUCGGUGGCACGAGCACGACCCGCGGCUGCUGGUGCCGGACUCGUGCUGCAAGACCCGCACCCAGCGCUGCGGGACCAGGGAUCAUCCCUCCAAUAUUUAUUAUACGGGCUGCAUUCACCACUUCACGAAUCACAUACGAGACCAGCUAAUAAUAUUAGCGGCCGUCGGAGUCGGGAUGUCGGUUAUACCCAUAUUCGGGUUUUUGUUUUCGUGCGUUCUUUACGUGAAAAUAAAGCACGUGAUCGACUGACCUCGGCCUAAGGGCUCGUCCGCGAGUCGCAAGGUGUUCGAUAAGGGCGCGUCCACACCGGACCCGUCGAAGCCGGCGCGGCGCACGUCGCAGCGCGCCAGCCGCAGCGUCCGGCGUGCGCCCUGCCCCUUACACCCGAACGACGCGCCGCCCAUAGCCACCAUCAGCGACAACCUUAGCGUUUAAUCUUCGCACUCUUUUCAUGAACAUUUUUUUUUUUAAAUAUUAAUAAAUAUUUACCAACAAUCACGCCACGUUAACUGGUCCCGUGCCAAGUUCGUAAAGAG